AUGGCGGUGUCGGGUCGCCUCCAAACCGACGACGUUGGAGACGCACUACAGAAAGCUUUGGUGUCUCCAGGAGUUAAGCAAAUCUCUAGCGUCGCAAUCGAUGAAGAACGUAGGUUGAUUGAAGUCUUUGUGAGCGACUCAAGCGACUUCGUUUGGUGCUUCUGGUCCGAACUCAGCGACGAGGUUAGAGAGAGGAAAGCGAAUCGUCAGAAUCAAGAAAACCGGGUUCGAGACAACAAAGACUCGGGAGGUCAGGCGAAAACAAAUGAUGUCAGGCUUGGAGAAACAAGCGAGAUCGUCUCGGAGUUGCCUAAGAAGAGGAAGAAAGAAGAAAUAAUAAAGUGA